AUGAGUACUAAGAAAUCUCCAUACGAGAUUCUUGGGUUAGAGAGAGAUGCCACAGAACAAGAAAUUAGGAAAGCUUAUAAACAAUUGGCACUAAAAUAUCAUCCCGAUAAAGUUAUCGAUCCAGAUAUAAAGAUUGAAAAUGAGGUGAAAUUCAAAGAAAUUACAGUGGCUUAUGAACUCUUGAUUAGUGGAGAGUAUCAGAGCGAUGAUGAUAUCCCAAAUGAAUAUAAUGAUGAUUUUUUUGAUUUUUUUGGUGGAUUCAAUUAUUCCUAUAAUAACAAUCAUCAUUCACAUCGUAGCCAUGGUCAGAAUUAUAGUGAAAAUCAAAGAGAACAAAAUGAGCAAGCUAUCCCUCUUUUACUAACUUUGAAAGAAUUGUAUAAUGGGAAAACUAUAAAAUAUCAAUUACGAAGAGAUGUGUUGUGUACUCUAUGUCAAGGUAAUGGUUGGAAAAGAAAAAAAAAUGGUGCUUUGUAUAGCCCACCUGUUAUAAGAUGUUCUAAAUGUAAAGGGCAAGGUUACAUGGAACGUGUUAUAAAUGAGGGCUUCUUCCAAUAUGUACAAAAAAUAAAAUGUCAAAAAUGCCAAGGUAAAGGCGAAUAUGAGGCAAGACCUAAUAAUGAUAAGAAUAAAUGUAGACAAUGUAAUGGCAAAGGGUUACAUGCAGAAACCUCGGUUUUAACUAUUGAUGUUUUUAGAGGAAUGAAGUUUGGUGACAAGAUUUCGAUAAAGAAAUCUGGUGAUUAUGAUUUAAGUACAAAUGUGAUCAAGGAUUUAAUAUUCGAAAUUAAGGAAAAGGAAAUGAAGCAGAAUGAAAUGAAAAAUAUAAAUUUUAAUAAAGCUGGAGAUCGAGAUUGUAUGAUGGAGGUUACUGUUCCGCUGAGUGAUGCAUUAAUUGGAAUUAAAAAUAAAUUUUUAACUAGAACAUUCGAUGAUAGAUUACUAUAUUUAAAUGUACCAUUGGGUAAAGUGAUUAGACCAGGUGAUAUUUUAAAGGUGUCUGGAGAAGGUUGGCCAUAUAAAGUUAACGGUCAGAUAAAAUUUGGUGAUCUUUAUAUUAAAUGCAAUAUUGAAUUUCCACCAGAUAAUUGGUUUACAGAAAAGAAUGAUCUAUUUGCAAUACACAACCUUUUGCCACAUAGUACAGUAAAGGAAGAAAAUGAAAUAAAGGAUCCAAUGAAUAGUGAAUUUAUUUCAAAUUUUGAUAUUGUGACAUCAUUCCCAGAUGAGCAUAAAGAAAAUAAAACAUUUGAUAAAACGACAUUUUCCAAUAAACAAAGUCAAUGUUGUAUCCAAUAG